AUGGUGCAGUGUACCUCACCUCACCUCGCAACACAGCCCCCCCCUCCUUGCACCCUCGCGCACUGCCAUUGCUGCUCUCUCCCCACUGCACCACACCCCAUUCCCUCACUUGCUGCCAGCGUGGAGGAGCACGCGGUGCAUGCUAUAUUUUGGGCCCUCACUCUCCCAACCACCACAACCACCCUCCCCCCUCCCCACCCCACACACCCUCGUGUACUUGAACCCGCCAUGGCGUGCGCAGCGGUGGUGGUGGGCAACGUGGUGCGGCGCGUGAUGCACGCCAUCCGUGAGGAGGACGCCGCGCUGCACCUCGCGCACGCGCAGGGGCACGGACACACACACUCGGGCCACGCUGCACCAGAUGUGGCCGUGCGGGGGGGAGGGGGCGCGGUGGGGGGCGAGCGGUGGGGCGAGGAGGGCGAGGGCGAGGGGCGGGGGGGAGGGGGGGCGCUUUCAGCGGCGUCGGUGGCGGGGAGCAACCGCAGUGUGCUGCUGGCGCCGUCGCUGCACAACCUGCUCGACCCCGCACUGCUCCCCUCCUCCUCCGCGCCCCUCCCCCCUUCCGCCCGCUCCUCUGAUGGCGCCUCUGCCCCCUCGCCCGCUGCCGCUGCCACUGCUGCUGCUGCCGAGCGGAAGCUAAAGCACGUGGUGAUAGAGCGAAUCAACGAUCUGCUGGAGGAGAUUGACAACCACCAGUCACAGCUCGCCGACCAGGCGCUCGAACACAUCCACCAGAAUGAGGUGAUACUAACGAUGGGUUUCAGCGACACGCUGCUGCUCUUCCUGCUCGAAGCCAGGAAGCGACGCUCCUUCCAUGUGGUGGUGGCGGAGGGCGCCCCCUGCUACGGCGGCCACAAGCUGGCGGCGGCGCUGGCGGGGCGCGGGGUGGCGGUGACGGUGAUAGCGGACGCGGGGGUGUUCGCCCUCAUGGCGCGCGUCAACCUCGUGCUGCUCGCCGCCCACGCCGUCAUGGCCAAUGGCGGCGUGCUCGCUCCCAUCGGGCUGGACAUGGUGGCACUGGCAGCGCGCCGCCACGCCGUGCCCUUCGUGGUGCUCGCCGGCAUCUUCACUGUGUGUCCGCUGUACCCGCAGCAGGCGGGGCUGGCGGGGCUGAACGACGUGCGCUCGCCGGCGGGAGUGGUGGGGCUGGCGGAGCUCGCGCACUGGGAGGGCCUCGCGCACCUGGGGGCUGCCCUCACUGCCCAGGGGCGGGGCAGUGGCAAAGCGGGCGCACAGGGGGGUGAGGAGGCGGAGGGGCAGAGGGGGGAGGCUGAGGCCGAGGCGGGGGUGGAGGUGGAGGCGGGGGUGGAGGUGGAGGUGGAGGUGGUGAACCCGGCGUUUGACUACAUUCCCCCGGAGCUCGUCACUCUGCUCGUCACCGACACGUUAGUCGCCCCCCUGCAUGCCGUCUCGCCCCCCUGCAUGCCGUCUCGCCCCCCUGCAUGCCGUCUCGCCCCCCUGCAUGCCGUCUCGCCCCCCUGCAUGCCGUCUCGCCCCCCUGCAUGCCGUCUCGCCCCCCUGCAUGCCGUCUCGCCCCCCUGCAUGCCGUCUCGCCCCCCUGCAUGCCGUCUCGCCCCCCUGCAUGCCGUCUCGCCCCCCUGCAUGCCGUCUCGCCCCCCUGCAUGCCGUCUCGCCCCCCUGCAUGCCGUCUCGCCCCCCUGCAUGCCGGGCGGCCACAACCCGUCCUACAUCUACCGCCUGGUGGCCGAGUACUACAGCCCGCACGACCACAACCUCUAG